AUGUCUAUGAAUGAUCAGGCAAUUAAAAUUGAACCACCAGAAUAUUCACCAGAUGACAUUAAACUCGAAAUGGAGGAUGAAUUUGAUGAUCCUGACGUUACUGUUAAAUCCGAAUCGUAUUCUGAAGAUGAUGAUACGCGUUUAGAAAGAUUUAUGAACUCCGAGGUGAAAAUUGAAGAAGAAGUCAAACAGGAGUUAGUCGAGACAACAACUUAUGAAUGUGACAUUUGCAAUAGAUCAUUUGCAGAAACACAUCAUUUAAAAGAGCAUAUGUUCGAACAUAUGCCUAAUAAUAGCAAAGAAAGUUCUUUCAAAUGCAAAAUCUGUUACAAGACUUUCAAUCAAUUAUGUAAUAUGAAAAGGCACAUGCUCAUUCACAGUGAGCGUCUUUAUGAAUGUGAAGUAUGUAAUAAGGAAUUUACUCAAUCAAAGAAUUUGAAGAGACACAUGGCACUUCAUAGUCAGAAUCAAUGA